UGGUGCUGCAGUGUUUCUCUACAUUACAUAGAGAAUUACUGCAUUCUCGAGGAUCACAAUUACUACAAAAAAAUAAUAACCCUCAAAGGUUAGAAUGGCCCGUCAACUAGUCGUCUUGGCCUUGAUUGCCGUGGCGAUCGCCGGUUCCGUCUCUGCCCAGGGACCCGCCGCUGCCCCCGCCAACGCCCCUGUGGCCUCCUCCUCCCCCAAGGCACCCGCGGCCGCCCCCAAGGCAUCGGACGCCGCCGCUCCCCAGGCAUCGGGAUCCAGCCCUAUCUCUGCCGCCCCCGAGGGUUCCAUCGCCUCGUCCCCGUACUCCUCCUCUGAGGGCCCCGCAGCAUCGUCCCCGAGCGUCGACCUCGCAUCGCCUCCCGCCCCCGGGAGCGAGGCCUCCGAGGGACCCAUAGCCGACGGAGGUUACACCCCGACCGAAGCUCCCGCUGCCGCCAAGAACGGCGCCUCUGCCCUUGAGGUCUCCACCAUCGCCGGCGUCGCCGUUGUGGCCGGUGCCUUCCUUUUCUAAAUGGGUUUAUAAGGCGUGAGACGAUUGUGUUGAGUUAAUAAUUUGGACUAGAGUAAGGAGAGGCUUUGUGUUCUUCUUACUGAAUUAGGACCAAUUGACAAAUUCAUGAUCUAAAUAUUUGCGC